GUUUUAUUGGCGUAUGAGCUCUGGGUUCUUGAGGCUGCUCAGUUUUAUCAUCAACCAAGUUGAUGAUAAGGCUACGAAGAUUGUCCGGUGCUUUGGGCUCUUUCUUUAACAAAUGAUCAAAAAAAUGAGAAUGCGAGAGGUGAGAUAUUCAAGGGUGAAUCGUCUCUUGAUUUCUUGCACGUUCGUUCAGUGAUGUGCUCCUCAGUAUCCGAGAUGUUUUGAUCACUUGGGGUUCCCGAAGUGAUACUUGGUAAGUUGUCCCGAAGAGUUAUGCCGAGAUGACAUGCUGGUAUGGUGAUUGGUCAACAUUUCAUUGGAGGUUACUUAAUUUAAAAUACGGAUACCAACAAUAAAUUUUAAAUUUCCCCAGAAAAGACAAAAGAAAAAGAAAUGAUAAUUACUGCAUGAAAACGAUACCGUUUGCCAGGAAUUAGGAUUCCUUAUCAACGGGAAGUUUGUCUUACUACUCUGUCACCUUGCCUCGCCAUGUCCCUUCUACACUCACAGCUCUUCCCUCCCAACCCUAUCCCGCUCUAUCCCGUCCGUACACUCAAAUCCCGAUGCCAGACACUCCCAAUCCUCUGCGCGAAGCGCACCGGCAAGCUGAGGUACCCGUCCGAGAAGAGGCAGCUGAAAUCGAAGCACAAGGAGGCCACAGCCGAAGUCAAAAACAAGUUCGAAGGCAUUUGGCGGCUCUCCAACCUCAGUGUUUCUGUCAAAGACGACCCCGGAAAGGACUCCUACGAAGUCUUCGAUGGAUUGUUACAGGAAAUCGCCAAAGUCCUCAAGUUCCCGGUCGCGUCUAUGCUGCCCCGGGAAGCAUUUUCAGUUAUUCGUAAAUCCUUUGAUGGCAGGAAGAAGAUCAAGUCACCCAAAUUUGUUUAUUCUGUGGACAUGGACGUCGAUAGAUUAAUUAGUCUUGAGCCUCGUUCUUGGGACUUCAUUUCAAAGCUGGAGCCAAGAGUUGGGCUCAUAGAACACAUGCCUCGUGAAAGAUUUUCAGGGGAUCUGAUCAGUAUAACUCAGGAUUGUAAUAAUUUUCGCAAAGCGAACGUGGCUGAAGAAAGUAAGCAUGGGAUCUACAAUGGAUCUGGAGAAUCAUCCAAGUGUUCAAGCAUCAGAAAACCAAAAAUUGCGGUUGUGGGUAGUGGUCCAUCUGGCUUGUUUGCUUCUCUUGUUCUUGCAGAACUCGGUGCAGAUGUUACCCUAAUAGAAAGAGGCCAACCAGUUGAAAAAAGGGGGCGUGACAUUGGUGCUUUGAUAGUUCGUCACAUUUUGGAGUUGGAAAGCAAUUUUUGUUUCGGGGAGGGUGGUGCAGGUACCUGGAGUGAUGGAAAGCUGGUAACAAGAAUUGGAAGGAACAGCAGUAGUGUCUUGGCUGUUUUGAAAACUCUAGUACACUUUGGAGCUCCAAAAAAUAUUUUGAUUGAUGGGAAGCCUCAUUUGGGAACAGACAGAUUGGUUCCUUUGCUUCGCAACUUUCGAAAACAUCUAGACGAGCUGGGUGUUAGUAUAAAAUUUGGGACAAGGGUUGAUGAUCUGCUUACAGAUAAUGGACAAAUAGUGGGGGUUAAAGUUUCUAACUCACAAGACCAGUUACUGAUGACUAGCCAGAAGCUGGGAUGUGAUGCUGUUGUUAUGGCUGUUGGGCAUUCUGCACGUGAUGUAUAUAAUAUGCUUCUUUCUCAUAAUAUGGAUUUGGUCCCAAAAGAUUUUGCUGUUGGUUUGCGGAUUGAGCAUCCUCAAGAAGUAAUAAACAGAAUACAGUAUGCUGGAUUGGCUGCUGAGGUUCACUGCGGACGUGGAAAAGUACCCGUGGCAGAUUACAAGGUUAACUAUGCCAGUGGGAACGUUGGGGACAUGACCUUCAAUUCUGGGGAUACAAGUCGUAGUUGCUAUUCAUUUUGCAUGUGUCCUGGUGGGCAGGUUGUUCUCACCAGUACAAAUCCAUCAGAGCUCUGUAUCAAUGGCAUGUCAUUUUCUCGCCGUGCCUCUAGGUGGGCGAAUGCGGCACUUGUAGUCACUGUUUCAACAAAGGAUUUUGAGGCAUUAAAUCUGCAUGGACCUCUUGCAGGAAUUGAGUUUCAGAGGGAAUUUGAGCGGAGAGCCGCUGUGAUGGGCGGGGGAACUUUUGUGGUGCCCGUGCAGUCGGUUACUGAUUUUCUGGAAAAUAAAUUAUCAGUAACAUCUAUGCCACCAUCAAGUUAUCGGUUGGGUGUAAAGGCAGCAAACCUGCAUCAGUUGUUCCCGCCUCAUAUAACAGAUCCUUUGAAGCAUUCAAUCUCGAUGUUUGACAAAGAGCUACCUGGGUUUAUCACCAAGGAUGCCCUUCUUCAUGGAGUAGAGACUAGAACCAGCUCUCCUGUUCAGAUUCCCCGCAAUAGUGACACUUAUGAGAGUACAUCUUUGAAAGGACUCUACCCAAUCGGUGAAGGAGCAGGUUAUGCUGGUGGUAUUGUAAGUGCAGCAGUUGAUGGCAUGUACGCAGGUUUUGCAGUUGCAAAAAAGUUUGAUUUGCUUGCCAACGAUGUGGAGUCAAUUUUUGGGAAGGCUCUGGCAGCUCGUCCUGAGAAGUACUAAGAGCUGAUUGGCUUGCUCUUUUAAUUGGUGCUGCAUAGAUACCGGCUUUGUUGCAAUGGGUACUAUGGAGUAUGGACUCCACAAAGAUGAGGAUAACCAUGACCACCAAGCUCACCGGAUUUUCUAAACUCCUUAACUUCUUACAUUGAAUAGAGCUUGAGGCCAAGGCACCAAGCCCAAGGAUGCCUUCACUGAGAUUGCAUUCUGUCGUUCUUGGUGAUUAUGGAAGCCAUGACUAUCUUAUCUGCUUAUGCUCUAUGAUGUGGAGACUGAAGUUGAUCAAAGAGCACAGCUCACCCAUGAACACUUAUAUGGGAAGUACUCUUUAUUUAAGACUGUAUACACCCUCAGGUCUCUAGCAAUGCAAAGUUUUGUCAAUUAAAGCCGAUCGCCAGAAACAUGGACUCCGCAAGAGAAACUUGUAAUUUUUAACUUCUUUGUAGCUCCGCGACUUCAUACAUUUUAUAUUUUUAGAGUACUGUUUAGGUAAUUUUUGAAUAGCAGUUUCUUUGCAAACAAAAUUAUUCUUUCUCAAGUCAUGAUAUAUGAUUCUUACUCUAUUUUCCUUUUA